AUGCAAUUGUUAUACUACUCUGCUAUAGGCUCGCAAGGCACUAAUCAUUGAUCAGGUGCACAGGUGCAUGCUGUCGAGCCGUCAAACAAGCGCCGAUAUAUAUAUAGCUAGAGCACCGUCUGUUCUCCACGUUCUCUACAGCUUCAUGGCCACCCAACGCGCUCAAGACAUCUACAUCCCACUCAUUUUCCCCAAGGGUCACGGAUAUCCGCUGUGGCUUCCGGACCCUCAUUCGAAUCUUCCACCAGCCUAUCUAAGCCGUGGAACACAAAUCGGCGAUCUUGGAUACCUUGCCGAUGACGGAGGAUUCGCGUACCUCUUCAAUGUAUGCAAGGAUGCCAGCGAUCCUGUCAACUUGAACAGAGUCCCUCCCGACUUCAUGCCACUGACAGGUAUUCCGGAUCCUGGUGUACGAGAACGCUUAGAGAUGCACGAUAAGAACUCGGCGAUUACUACUGCUGCUGUGGAACAGAAGUCGAUUGAACUUGAUGUAUCAGCCCAAGGCCCCACUGUCCCUACUGCCUUUGGCGCUGGUGGUGGUUUUGAGUUCACGAGUUCGAGUUCGCAAGGCGCCGUCCUUGUCCUUCCAGAUGGCGGAGAACGCUACGAUUCUGAAUAUUCUGGCUUGUUCGAAGAAUACGCAAUCGCCAAUGCCCAUAGUUGGUACAAAUAUCUCAAUGGACCGGGACAGCGUAGGCAGAUCCGCAAUGGUAUGCUAUACCUUGUGACUGGAUGCGACAAGUGUCAUUCCUGGGGUAACGCGUGCUAUUCACAUCCCACUCAGUCGCGCUGCGCAUCGCUAAAAUUUUUAGCCACUGGUGUUGCAGAAGUCAGCGGAACAUUAUGCUACAGAUGGGAAGUACAAUCUGGUGUUCAUAAAAGGACCCACCAUCGCGAUGUGGCACCAGGAGUCAUGGCGAACCAGACCAUCUUCUUGCGUGGAUAUUCAAUCUCGGUCCGUGUACCGUCAGCUUUACGGACGUUAUUAGGUGUCCAUACGGUGGAUACUUUUAAGAGUGACAUGUCCAGCUCCAAACCACCGUCGUUCGGGGCUAAGGCUCCUUAUGCUGCAGAGCAAAGUAAAAUGGCCCGUAUCACGGGGACAAGCGACUUGAAACUUACCAAGCGGUCGGCAGACGGUCCUCCGUUGGAUGAUGACGACUUCGAAAGGGAGUAUUUGGGCAAGCUGGUAAUCUUCGAUAGUGUCAAGUCAGAAGCCGAUGAAACGACGAUAGACACUCCCUACGGCAAUACAACUAGGCAGGCCGACACCUCCCUUAAGCAAGUCCCCGGUCGGGGCAAGAUCGUCAAUCCGUCGGCCUUGAUAAAUUAUUAUAUACUGGAUAAUUACGAUGGUGCCAAUGUGGCGCUCACUCAUGAUAGGUACCCGUGGACGGGGACGAUAAAUGAUGAUGUUCACAAGCCACUUGAUGGCGUGAAGCUUGCGAACUAUGCCAUCGAAAAUGACCUGAUCUUCAUUAACAGAAGCUCGGGAGCAAAUGACGCAUGGGUAGCAAAAGAAGGCACGCUCAGCUCUUUGGCUCGUCCCAAAUACAACAUCUUCGCUCUGAUUAUUGGAGUAGACAAAUACGAAUCCCUGGAAUACGAGAAUCUAAAUGGUGUCUCCAGUGACGCCGAUAGAUUCGAAGCAUAUCUCCUCGAGGACCUGCAAACUCCGAAAGCAAAUAUCAUCAGCUUUCGUGACGGACAGGCGACAAGGUCGGCUAUCAUCGACGAGUUGACAAAGAUGAAGUACAAUCCAAAUAUACAACCAGAUACGACAGCAAUCAUUAUAUAUUUUGCGGGGUACGGGGCUACAACAAUCAAGCCAGUCGAAUGGAUAGAUUGGGAAACUCCUUACAAUCAAAUCGGGAUGCUUUGUCCCACCGAUAUUGGCAUCCUAGAUAAAAACGGCAAUGUCAUCAAUGGUAUCCCAGACAGGACUAUCAACCAACUUCUUCUGGAAUUGUCAUCCGUGAAAGGCAAUAACAUUACAUUAAUACUGGAUUGUUCUCAUAUUAACUGUUCAAGUGAUCAACAAAAACCUGCUGAUAUGCCAACAGCCGAAUCCUCACAAUUGGACUCGCAUAUUCUCUUGACAACUUACAAUCGUUUCGGGCGGUUUGCCUACAAAUUGAGAGGGGAGGGACUUUUCACUCAUGCAUUGCUCAAGGUCUUGAGGGAACGGUCAAUAAAUGAACUGACAUACAAAUCAUUGGCCCAGUGUCUCUAUAUUUCAAUAGACCAGACACCACUUUUGGAAGGGAAGCAUAGUAAUCGACGCCUGCUUCACUCGGGCGAUACUGCCGAUAGUUGUCGGAUCCUCUGUCAUCAUGAAAAGGGCCAGCCCUAUUUUUCUCUACUUGCUGGAUCCCUUCAUGGCAUUAGGGCUGGUUCUAUUUUCAAGAUAUACAGAACAGAUCUAUCUGGCGGGAGGCGGAGGCUCACAGUUGCGACUGCGGAGAAAGUGGAGGCUUUUGUCUCCUUCCUGAAGCCUGCAGACCAAUCUAUCCUCACCACAUAUAUGAACUAUCGUGUCUGGUAUGCGCAAUUUGUGAGAGUUUCUGCUCCUGGGUUCACCAUCUAUUGUAACGACUCGAACUUCCUGGCCCGGAUUCUUGACGAGGAAGUUGGGUUGAAGCUCGUAGACCCUCCUAGUCCUGUUGAUGAUCUGCAACAGGCGGAUCUCUGCUUGACGGUAGAUGGCAACAGUGUUCUUUUUGACCGAGGGAACAGGACUAGUAUUGUCAGUCCGAGCAUGGGCUUACCCUCGAGGCUCUCUUAUAUCUCGACUCUCGAUGCUGUUGCCCAAAUUCGAAACAUCGUCAAGUACUAUGCAUGUUUCACCUCCCGAAUCAUGAUGUCAAGUCGUCUUCCUAUAUCCAGGCUCGUCUCCAUCGAAGUGAAAAAGAUGUUGGGUUCCCAACCUAUUGGCAACAAUCUGCUACCUGAUGCGACAGAAAAACCUAUCAAACCUAUCAAACAUGUCUCAAAUUCAUCCUUUUCCUACAGGUGUACUGUUUAUAAUACAUCUGACAUCAAUCUAUACGUCUCUCUCUGUCACUUCGACACUUCCACCCUAGCAAUAGCCAUGCCUCCUGUCACCCGUUUGAUGCCCCGGGAAACAGCUAGACUCGGCUUCCCCGACUCAUUGGGCCAAAUAAACCCAGAGGUCCAGAACGUGAAUGUUCACUUCUUCAAAUUGUUUGUAGUCGAAAGGUAUAUCGACACAGACGGCUUCGAUCAGCCAUCCCCGUUUUCUGGGGUGCCCGUUGAACAUAAGGCUGGGGUCCCACUUAUUAGUAAUUCUGAAGAAUGGGCCUCAAUGACAAUUCCUAUCGUAGUGAGACGCCCAAAGCCUUGAUCUAUCAGAUUCUACCCGGAAACUGUCGUCAUACCUAGACGAGAAACUUGGGAAGGGGAUAUUUCCAAUCAAGCACGGAAAACAUGUGCGGUAGCGUCAAUUAAAAAGAACGUAAAUAAGUAACUAGCAGCAGCAUAACGGAAUAAAAAAUCGUACUUGAUGAGCCAA